UUUUCAAUAUAACAGGCACCAGGAAGUAUUAAACGCAUGAAUGAAGCUUGCAUUUAUCAUUGAACCUGCUGAAUAAACGAAAGGAGAGCGAGUGCACAUAUUUAGAAAUAUGGAAGAUGAUGCCCCUGUUAUAUAUGGCAUUGAAUUCCAGGCACGUGCUUUGACAGCCCAAACUGCAGAAACAGAGUCCAUACGGUUUCUUGUUGGCACACAAUCUCUCAAAUACGACAAUCAGAUACACAUUGUUGACUUUGAUGAUGAAAAUAACAUCAUUAAUAAAAAUGUACUGCUGCACCAAGUUGGAGAGAUAUGGCACCUCAGUGCAAGUCCUGCAGAUAAAAGUGUGCUGACAACAUGUUACAGUAAAACUUCAGACAGUAAAGUGGUAACAUGUGCAGCUGUGUGGAGGAUGCCGAAGGAAUUGGAAUCAGGCAAUCAAGAAUCCCCCGAUGAUUCAUCAAGCAACCCUCAGACCCUAGAGCUGCUCUGUCACCUUGACAACACAGCCCAUGGCAAUAUGGCUUGUGUUCUGUGGGAGCCCAUGGGUGAUGGCAAAAGACUGGUUUCACUUGCAGAUAACCAUGUGCAGCUAUGGGACUUGCAGGGAAGUUCCAACAAGGCAGUGAUUUCCAGCUCUGCAACACUGGAAGGAAAGGGGCAGUUAAAAUUGACAUCUGGCCGAUGGAGUCCCCAUCACAACUGCACACAGGUUGCGACUGCCAAUGACACGGCCAUACGAGGCUGGGACAUCAGGAGCAUGAGUCAGAUAUACUGUAUAGAAAAUGCACACGGCCAACUGGUGAGAGACCUGGACUUCAACCCAAAUAAGCAGUACUAUCUGGCCAGUUGCGGAGAUGACUGCAAGGUCAAGUUCUGGGAUGUCCGGAACAUCAAUGAACCUGUCAAGAGUCUGGAAGACCACUCCCAUUGGGUGUGGAGUGUGAGGUACAAUCAAUCUCAUGAUCAGCUGGUACUGACAGGCAGUAGUGACAGCAGAGUCAUCCUCUCCAACAUGGUGUCCAUCUCUUCAGAGCCCUUUGGUCAUCUGGUGGAUGAAGAUGACCUGAGUGACCAAGAAGACAAUCCCCAGGAGGAUAAGAGGAAAGAACCACUUCAGGAUAGCAUAAUUGCCACCUAUGAAGAACAUGAGGACAGCGUGUAUGCUGUGGAGUGGUCAUCUGCAGACCCUUGGCUCUUUGCGUCUUUAAGUUACGAUGGAAGACUUGUCAUAAACAGAGUGCCAAGGGCACUGAAAUACCAAAUCUUGUUAUAACAAUGUGGAAUCGAAAUUUGAAUGCAUCUGUAUUGGCAUUUUAAUACUCUGCAGUUUGAAAGUUGGGGGGCAUUCCAUAAAAAUGGUAGGUUUGUACCCUGAAAUCAUUGUUAUCAGACUAAUUGCAAGCCCAAGAUUUUAGUGGGGGUUGGUCUGCAUCGAUUCCUAGAAGUAAAGCCAUAGUCUGAUAUUAAUGACUUAUGUUACAUUUUUUCAAUGGUGAAAUUAUAAGUAUGUUAAACAAUUAAACACUAAUCAUUUUCAUACCUGGUUCUGUAAAGUUACCUUGCCAUAUUUAAAAAGAAAACAAAUGCAUCUCUGACAGUUUAGUUGCAAAGUGUAAAAGGCAGCGUGGUUUAGUUGUUAUAGCCUAAAAUCCAUGCUCAGCCUUGCUUGGGGCACGUCACUUCAUCUUCCUGUGUGUCAUCCCCACUGAAGUGUACUUCUGAAUACCACCAACAAACAACAACACCUAGGAAAAUCUUUUGUGGGUAAACUACUAAAGUUAGGGAGUGUAAAUCUGUUUUUUUGCAGUCUUGAAUGUAGAAGCAGCUGUCAAUGGAGCUACUACUGUCAGUCCAAUCUAAUACAAAAGUCUGUCAGAACUGAAAUUUACUUGCAGAAUACAUACGAUAUCACAAAUACGCAUAUAUUGGGAAACUCCAGUAAAUGUAUAUUGAUCUAAAACAGAUUUUUUACAGACUGACUACAGCAACGGUAUUAACGGACAGCACUCUGUGUGACACUACUGUAUAUCUACAUCGUAUUCAGUCAUACGUUUUAUGACAAUAGCAGUCCAUGUUUAUAUGAAUAACAAGCCAGUUAUAUUAAGCAAAAAAUAGUAACCUUAAUAUUAUUUUUAUUAUUAGUAUAAUUAUGAACUUUUCAGCUGAACAGAGCUGUUAGAAAUGAAUGAUAUCAUUACAUUUCGUAUGAAUGUACAGUAUGCUAUUGUUGUCCAUUUUAAUUUGGCAAGUGGAAAGCCCCAUUGAGAGACGUGCUGGGAGCUGCUGAAAGGAACCAAGGCUCGUCAUUCAAAUAUUUGAAACAUAAUGUAUUAUAACCUAUAUUCCAGGUUUAAUUUUCUACAUGAUAUAUAAGUUGCACAGCAUAAUGUUCUACAGUACAGUAUGUCUUACCUUUGUUGCCAUCUGGGUGCACAUAACCAUACAUAGGAAACAACAAAUGUCUUUAAAGAGCAAAAAACAAAAGCUACUGGCAGUUGUAGGUACUGUAUAUAUUUGUAGUUGCAGAGUUACUUCACAUGUAUGCUGUAGCUUCUAAUCUUCUGGAAAACAGAAAGGGACCGCAGCAUAAUACAAAUUCUAAUCAGCAUUCCAUCUAGUUUAAGCAUCCCUUUAAAAUAAACUAAGUGCAUGCUCACAUGUGUAAAUAUACUUUAUUAUUAUACAAUAAUAAUAAUAGUAAAUCCUUGACAUUGUAUGAUCGGUUCUAAAUGCACUUGUUAUUUACAGUAUAAUAUGAAAUACCUGGUGUUUACUAUGCCCUUACAUUUUUUGAGGAAUUCUUGCAAUUACUCAAUGUGUUUUAUUCACUUUUUGUUAUACAGUACUGUGGCAAUGUGCCCCGCCCCUGUGUGUAUAUUAUGUGUUGUAUGUUGCGUGCGUGUGUUAAUGUUGGUGUAUAGAUUGGUACACGGGAUAUAAACGGGUCUGUGUUUCACGUGUGAUUUAAAAAGUGUAGAUUUGUAUUUAGGCACGAGGAGGGCACAAAUCACUUCACGUGCUGGUUAAAUGUAAUAUGUGAGCACGGGGUUGCACAGAAUUAAUUCACGUGCUGGGAUUCAAGUGAAUAAUUAAUUAGUAAUUGAAUCCCAGCACAACAGUAUAUAUAGAUAGUAUAUAUUUCAUUCAGUCGGGGUUGGGUGUUCGAGAGUGGGGAACGGGUGAGAAAGAGAAGGAGAAACGUUAAAGUGAAUAAUCUGUAAGUGUUUGUACUCACCGUGUUUGUUUGUCUCUCCGUGCACCUUGUUAAGUGUUUAGUACGUUUUGUUUGUCUAUUUAUUUUGGCGCAAGUGCCGUGUCCUGUUUUGUGUUUAAAACCUUUUAUUUUCUGUUCUGUUUAUUAAAUGCUGAGCGAAAGCAUUCGCUCAGCUUCACCAAACCACACCUCUCUGUCUGUUUAUUUCCUGCUUCUGGUCUGACGCCACCCACUCCGGCCGUCUUUGUGACAAGUACUGUGUUAGAAUGAUGGCUGAGGUUGUUGUCAUGUACUCAGGCUGAGCAGCAGUGAGGUUUUGAGGUACUAUUUUGGAAACACUUGAAAUAAGAUAUGUAUCUAAAAAUGGAUUUGGAAGAGAUUCAAUAAAAAUGUUUGAACUAGAAAUAAUGACUUCCAUUCACUUUAAUUCAGUCCAAUACUUUAAUUUCAAUUGGAAAUGUGUUUCACAUUAAGAAUAUGGCUGUAAAACAAGACAAUUAGCUAUCGUUGCUUCCACUCACACUGCAUUUUCAUGCAUUUUGUUUUCAGAAUACAAAUAAGGUUGAACUCAAUGAUCAUACAAGCAGAGAAGGGGAUUUGUGGCAGAGUGAAAGCCCUGCUGAAUUGAGUGUAUGUGUUGGUGUGAGGAAUAUUGGAUUGGCAGGGAGAAGGUUACAUUUCUCCCUGUCAAAACACAUGGGAAUGUGGCUAGAGCCGACAAUUGAAUAAAUGAUUAAAUUAUUAAUUAGGCUCCAGCCACAGGUGUAUAAAAUAGGUGCUCACGGGUGUUAGUUUAGAAUUGAAGAAUUAAUGUUGGUGAUAGAGGUGGAGGUCCGUGUUGCGUGUUCCAUGCUGUGUUGUCCCAUCUAAUGUUUACAUUUGUGAGUUUUUGUAAACCUUUUUGUUUUGGCCCUAGCGCCAUUUGUUUUGUCAAGUUUUUUGUUUAGUGUUUUAUCCGUUCUAUUUCAAUAAACUGUGCUUUAGUGCAUUUAACUUGCA